AUGAAGUGGGCGUUCUUCGUCUUUGCCACAUUGGUGGAAUGGUCUCUUGCUGUCAACAUGGCUGAAGAUGCCUCCAACUCGCUAAACUCCACAUGGUUUGUGCCUUGCACGGGCAAGCUCAUUGGCAACUCGCCUUAUGACUGCGAGAAGCAGUCUUUGGAUGAUUGCGCGUCUUCGUACACCUCCACUGGAGUACCAGGUUUUCCUACGAUGCAAUGGUCCGCAGGCGAGCGGAAGUUCAUGCAAUGCACGAUCAGUGGCGUCAAAUGCGCGGCAACGCUGCCCUACUGCUCUACUGUGGGGGAGUUGGUCGUGGAUUACCUGAUCGUGGGCGGCGGUGGUGGUGCUGGCUCGGGCGGUGGAGGAGCGGGCGGCGUUUUGAAGGGCACGCAGCCGAUCAAAGUGGGUGAGGCCUUGAGCGUCCUGGUGGGAGCUGGCGGAAAUGGCGGCGGUGGUGGAGGAAGGUAUGCGACUACAAAUGUUCCCACAAAUGGUGGCGACUCAAAGCUCGGCAAGGUCGUGGCCAAGGGGGGAGCCGCCGGAGGUUACAAGGCCAGGCAGACGGCACCCAGCGGAGCAUCUGGCGGCGGAAGUGCCUUUGACUCCCCAUCAGUCACCGUUGCCUCAGGCACCAAAGGUCAAGGGCAUUCCGGAGGCAAGUCCUUCAAAUCCGGUUAUGGCGGAGGAGGCGGAGGUGGUGGUGCUGGCGAAGCUGGCCACAACCCCAGUGGCACAUAUCGUGGCGGCAAAGGCGGCGACGGGAUCUCUUCGGACAUUACUGGCAGCACCAAGUUUUACGGUGGAGGCGGCGGUGCCGGACUCAAUGGACAUGGCGCAAAGUCGUAUCCAGACCUUGUUGCGCUGGGUGGCAAAGGCGGUGGAGGCCGUGGAAGCGACUUUGUUUGCGAUCCCGAGAACCAGUACUGGAAAUUCACUGGCACGAAUGGUGAGCCCAACACUGGAGGUGGAGGUGGUGGCGGAGAUCCUGAGACCCGCAUGGCCGGCACAGGUGGCUCCGGAGUUGUCAUCGUGCGCUAUACGUCUCCUACGCCAAUUCUUUCUGGUGGCACAGUGACGGAAGCCGGAGGCUUCCAAAUCCACACCUUCGCGACUCCGGGAGAGGACGACUUGUCCUGGAUGAAAGCAGGCAACAUUUUGAUUGAUUUCCUGAUCGUGGCCGGGGGUGGCGGUGCCGGCUCUGGAGGUGGUGGCGGCGGAGGGGUUAUCAUGGGCUCGAAGAUGAUCCAUAAGGGGACCGAGUGGACUGUGAAAGUCGGCGGUGGCGGCAAAGCUGGCCAGGGCGGGGGCGUAGAAAGAGAUCCUAGCAAGCCCGCGACAAAAGGAGAAGACUCCAUGCUGGGAAGCUUGGUCGCCAUUGGCGGAGGAAAGGGUGCCGAUUACACUCGCACUCCUGGCGGUGGCGGAUCAGGUGGUGGUGGUGGAUUCGAUCAAAACCACCAGUCUUCCGCUCCUGGGACUCCCGGUCAAGGCUUCCAUGGAGGCCUCACAAACCAGAGAGGCUAUGGGGCUGCGGGUGGCGGGGGUGGUGCCGGCGAACCCGGGGGGUCCGCCCCAAAGAAGCACUAUGGUGGCAAGGGAGGGGAUGGCGUGUCCUCAGACAUCACAGGCGCUCUGAAGUGGUACGGAGGAGGCGGAGGUGGGGGUGUGAACCACAAUGGUGACAUCCUCAUCGCCGGUGGUGGUGGAGCUGGUGGCAAGGGCGGCGGAGGCAGGGGCGGCGACUUCGGGGCGAAAGCACAUAGCGCCUCCAAAGCAAGGUUCACGGGAACUGAUGGAGAGGCGAACACCGGAGGUGGCGGUGGUGGGACCGAUCCGGAAAGCACGGUGGCUGGGAAGGGUGGCUCGGGCAUCGUCAUCAUCCGAUACAAAAGCGCACAGCCUUUGAUGACAGGCGGCACCAUGAGUUCGUCGGGCGGAUAUCAGAUUCACACCUUUGACACUGUCGGCACCAGCACCUUGAAGUACUAG